AUGCUCUGAUAUUUUCUAUUUUAUCCAGUUUCAGUUUUAUAAAAUGCUGGUCACCAUCCACCAAGUUUCUUCCGUACCGGAUCUGAUGGGCCGGGUCAAGAGGGAGAGGCAGACAAAAAGCAAGCGCACACGUGCACGCUCGCAGUCGCCGACGGAGCUAAGCGCCGCGCGGGGACAGUCGGAGGCCCCUCUCCGCCUCCCACCCAGGACGCCCAGGACGCCUCCCGGCUGGAGCCGGACGGGCCAGGCCAGGCGGGGCUUUGAGGCGCUGGUGGCGGGCUGGGGUUUAUUUUAAGGGACGUGAAGCUACCGCAGGUUUGGGGGAGGGGAGGGAUUAAAGGAGAAGAUGCACUCAGCACUUUAUAUUUAGCGGCUGACGCGCCGGAAGCGCUCGUAACCCGCAGCUGCCACUGCACCCUGCGCCCGGAGGGCAGGCCCCACCUCCACGUCGCGGUUAGGGACCCCGGCGCCCGCCUUCGCCUCCGGGGUCAGGGAUUCUCGGUCCCCCGCCUCCACGCCGCCGUUAGGGACCCCAGCGCCGGCACCCGCUCUUCUCUCAGCGGGGUAGGGACUCCUGGCCCUCCGCCGCUACCUCGAGGGACAGGGACCCCGAGCCCCGCCUUCGCUCGGCGGGACAGGGACUCCCGGACCCCCGCCUCCCUGCCGCGGUUAGGGACCCGGGCCCCAGCACCUCAUCUUUACUCAGCGGGAUAGGAACUCCCGGCCCCCCGCCUGCACCUCGCGGGGCAGGGACCCUGAACCCCGCAAUCACCUCCCGGGACACGGACCCCGAACACCGCCUCCACGUCGCGGACAGGGACAGGGACCCCCGAACCCCGCCCUCGCUCGGCGGGACAAGGACUCCCGGGCCCCGCCUCCACGCUGUGUUUAGGGACCCCGGCCUCAGCACCUCGCCUUCACUCAACGGGAUAGGGACUCCCAGGCCCCCGGCUGAACCUCGCGGGACGGGGACCUCGAACCGCGCCUCCACGUCGCGGUUAGGGACCCCUGCCCUCGCCUUCGCUCCCCGGAGCAGGGACUCCGGCCCGCGGGUGCUGGAGAAGGGGCGGGGCGCAUCCCAGCCGGGCGGCCUUCCAACCCGGAGCAGGGGAAGCUGUCCCGGCCUUUUCCGCAGAGGGAAUGCCUAGCUCGGGGGACACAACUCGCAGGCCCGCUGAACAGCGACCAGGGCAAGGCCAACGCGCUCCGCCCUCCAACCCCGCCCCUCCGCUCGCCGGCCCCGCCCACCCGGCACGCGCACGCGCGACCCGCCCCUCCCAAUCCCCACCCCUUUCCCCCCUCCCCGCCCCCGACCCCGGAGCCUGCCCGCCGGGUCUCGUGCUCCCACCCCGCGCGGGGCCCGCCGGGAGUUGGCUGAGGAGGGGGCGGCGAGCCGAGGAAAGCCCGCCCGGGCGCGCGGCGCUGGUUGCGCAGGCGUAGAGCGCGGGCCCGCCCCUAGACCGGCGGCGCGGCCAUAUUUAAAGGGCGGCCGGCGCGGCGAGCCAAUGGGUGCCGAGCGUGCAGGGGCGGGGCGUGGCGGCGCGAGGCCCCGGAUGUGGCUGCUGCGGCCCCUCCUCCCCCCCGCUCUCCUCAGAGCCCCUGGCCGCGCGCCGUCGCUCGCUCGCUGGUCCCAGCGCAGGCCCGACGGGCGGCGGUGAGGAGGCGCCGAGGCGGAGGAGCGGGCGGCGGCGAGGCGACCGCGCGGAGGCGAGCGGGCCAGGCCCAGCCGGGCGGCCGCCGCCAUGAGCGGCUCCUCGGGCACCCCGUACCUGGGCAGCAAGAUCAGCCUCAUCUCCAAGGCGCAGAUCCGCUACGAGGGCAUCCUCUACACCAUCGACACGGACAACUCCACCGUGGCGCUCGCCAAAGUGAGGUCUUUUGGAACUGAAGACCGUCCCACAGAUAGGCCGGCCCCCCCAAGAGAGGAAAUCUAUGAGUACAUCAUUUUCCGGGGAAGCGAUAUCAAAGAUAUUACCGUGUGUGAACCUCCGAAAGCUCAGCACACACUCCCUCAGGAUCCUGCUAUUGUUCAAUCUUCCUUGGGCUCGGGCUCGGCCUCCUCCUUCCAGCCACACGUGCCUUACAGCCCCUUCAGAGGGAUGCCACCCUACAGCCAGCUGGCUGCCAGCUCUCUGCUUAGCCAGCAGUAUGCCGCUUCCUUGGGCCUAGAGAAGCUGGUGAGCCCUCCAGCCUCGGCCGCAGCUUCCAGCCCUAGUUCCUCUCCAUCUCCACAGCCCGCCUCAGAGCUUGACAUGUCCUCAGAGCCACAUCAGCUCACUUCCAAGGGAGCUGGUUUUCCAUCCGUCCCAGUCGGCAAGAGCCCCAUGGUGGAGCAGGCUGUCCAGACUGGUUCUGUUGAUAACCUGAACGCCAAAAAGCUGUUACCUGGCAAGGGCCCAGUGGGGAUGCAGCUCAGCGGGCGCCCCGCCCAGCCAAGCAGCAAGACCAGCAGCGAUGUAGUUCAGCCGGCAGCUGUGCAAAGUCAAGGGCAGGUGAAUGACGAGAACAGAAGACCUCAGAGGAGGAGAUCAGGGAACAGACGAACAAGGAAUCGCUCCAGAGGGCAAAACCGCCCGACUAAUGUCAAAGAAAACACAAUCAAGUUUGAAGGCGACUUUGAUUUUGAGAGCGCCAAUGCCCAGUUCAACAGAGAGGAGCUGGACAAAGAGUUUAAGAAGAAACUGAAUUUUAAAGAUGACAAAGCUGAGAAGGGGGACGAGAAAGACUCAGCAGUGGUGACCCAGAGUGAUGAGGCCCCUGCUGAGGAAGACCACCUGGGGCCCAACUGCUACUAUGACAAGUCCAAGUCCUUCUUUGACAACAUCUCCUCUGAGCUCAAGACCAGUUCCAGGCGGACUACAUGGGCUGAGGAACGGAAGCUCAACACAGAGACCUUUGGGGUGUCAGGAAGGUUUCUUCGCGGCCGUAGCUUCAGGGGUGGAUUUCGAGGGGGCAGGGGCAACGGUACAGCCCGUCGCAACCCAACUUCCCACAGAGCUGGGACUGGCAGGGUGUAAGGAUGCAGCCCAAGGCGCCUGCGGAAGUAGUACCGAAACAAAGCUGUGUCUGAGGAUAUUGGAAAAACGCUGCACUUACUGGGGAGACGUCGUGGGUCACUUUGUUUACGGAGUUUGGAAAAUUCCCGUACUACUAAUGUUUUGGACUUAAUUGAACUUGGACGUGGUCUGAGUUAGAACCACUUGUUUUGGGGGAAGUAUUUGUGGGUAACCUCUUUGAGGUAUCUUGGCCUGUCUUUCCUCUUUAGUUACGCACAGCCUAAUUCUAAGGUUUUGGUAUUUUGGAAGGAGAUUUCUAGAGCAAAAGCUUGAUCCUCACUUUGUGGCUUUUUUUUGUGUGUGUGACAGCUUUGACUUUUUUAAAGUGGAACCAAAUUUCAUUUGGUCAAUGUGACAGCCAAGCUUAUCUCUAUAACCCAACUGGCCUCUGGUGCUGCUGGCCUGGCACCCCCAUGGGCACAGGUGGGGUCUCAGGAGCCAGGCAGGGCCAGCAUGGGAGUGUGUGUGUAUGGGGGUGGGCUUUAGGGCAGGGAAAGUGGGGUGUCCCACGGAUCAUGUUGUAUAAGCAAACCAGACAACCCUUACAUCCAGAGUGGCGAUGUCAAGGUUGAGGGCUGGUGGGUUGGCGGGGGUGGGGGGAGGGCGGGGAAGAGGGAGAAUCCUGGAGGCUUAGGAAGGGGUCCUGAACAUGAGCUAGGAACUGUCGCUCAGAGCCUGACUUCCAUAGGAAUCGGGGUUGGGGGCCAAAGCCCAGGGCAAGCCCCACUGUGGGGUACCUAUCCUUCCUGCCCUGCCCCUGACAUCCUCAGACCCAGGCCAGUCAGUGUUGGACUCUGGCCACUGUUCAGUGUCUCAUCCACUUGGAAAUGAGCCAGUCUUUUUUGCAAGGUCGGUUGACCGAGAACAUAUUUCUUCUCAAUUGUAAAUAGUUGUGUUUUUGUUUUACAGUGGGUGGAGGGUGGGUGGGGAAUAUAAAUUUGUUGCAUGAGUAAAUGGGUCAGACCUUUAGUGUAAGCAUGCGCCCUUCUUCUGGAGAGGGUAUUGUGUUGAACAUAAGCACCUUGGUAACUAAACCCCUUUAAAUAGCUAUAAAGGUUUUAGUUCUGUGUUGAUUCAGUUACUGUAAAAGCUUGGGUUUAUUUUUGUAGGACUUAAUGGCUAAGAAAUAGAACAUAGCAAUGGGCUGCUCUGUUGGAGUAAUGUAAAUUGUAAUUAUAAAUAAACAUGCAAACCUUUAAAACUUU